GCAUGCUAGCAUGCAUGAGCCUGGAUCAACAAUAUUCUGAAACCUGCAAAGAACUAAAACAACCUGUGAAUCUAUUCAUAAAAUGCAUUCUCCGAGAAGUGAAACUCCAUGAUGAAGCGUUGGCCAAAAGAAUAACAGUUAAAAUAGCUGGGAAUAAUCGCUUGGUACCUGUAGAGAAAGUGACGGAUUCCGAUUUUCAAAUCCUUGCAUCUGUCUUUAUGAACAAUGUGUUUCUUACAGGGCUGGACCUGAGAUAUAAUCUCUUAACUGACGCUGGCGCAGUCAACAUUGCUGCUUUCCUUCAGGAUAAUCGGACCCUGCUGUACCUCAAUUUGAUGUUUAAUGACAUUGGUAUCAUUGGAGCUGAAUUCAUAGCUAAAGCAAUGCAUAGGAAUGACACUCUGCGUUACUUAAGAAUGACAGGCAACAAGAUUGAAAAUAAAGGAGGAAUGUAUUUUGCAGCUAUGAUGCAGGUCAACAACACAAUACAGAAGUUAGAUUUUGCAGACUGCGACCUGGGUACGCAGAGCAUAAUAGCUUUGGCAACUGUUUUGAAUCACAAUGAGUCAAUUAAAGCUUUAAAUCUCAACAGGCCAAUUCUGUACAGUGAAGAAGAAGAAACCACUGUCCACAUAGCUUCCAUGCUGAAAGUCAACUGCACCUUGGUGGAAUUGCAUUUAUGUAAACAUGGAAUGAAGAAUUUUGGGAUUGAACGUCUGUGUGAUGCCUUGUAUGACAAUAGCACCCUCCGAUAUCUUGAUCUCAGCUGUAACAAAAUUAGCCGAGAUGGAAUGAAGUUUCUAGGACGGCUAUUAAAACAAAACAGCACGCUUGAGAUUGUAGAUCUUAAUUUUAACAGGAUAGAAGAUGACGGUGCUUUCUACCUGAGUGACGCACUUGCUACACAUAAUCGGACCCUCCAAGCGCUAGCAGUGACAUACAACAAUAUAUCUGGACCAGGAUUGGUGGCACUUUCGGAUGCCAUGAAAACAAACCCUGUCCUUUCGUACAUCUACAUCUGGGGAAACAAAUUUGACGAAGCUGCUUGUGUGGCAUUUGCAGAAUUGCUUCAAAGUGGCCGUUUGAAGCCAACCGGAACAGAUGUUGAACCAUAUGAAGUGGAUGGACGUAUAUAUCUUGCUGAAGUCUCCCAUGGCCUUAAGCGGCAUUACUACUGGACACCAAGUUAUGGAGAACCAGAUAACAAACAUGAAAACGCAUCUUUAGCAAUAAAUCCUGUUACAGAAUAUUUAUGAAUAUAAUUCCCCCCCCCCCUUUUCAGGAGUGUUUUCAUGUGUGCCUUGCAUUAACACAUGUGAGCACUUUUUCAGGUGUUUGUAUCAUAAUCACAACAAUCAAUGCUGGGAAUCUGAUUUAUUUCAAUAGUUGUGUCUCAAUCCAGCAAUAGCUAAUCUGCUUGAAAGCAUUUAUUCUGUAGCUUUUGUAUUUGUGUGUAUGUUGUAAUUAUCAUAAAUAUGGUUUUUAUAGGAUUUAAACUCUCGAGUGGAUUUCUUGGACAUAAACCCAGCUGAGUGAAUCUAAUAGCGCAUGUGUAAUACGAUUCCAAUGUUAAAAUCUUUAGGAUAUUUCAAUAAAUUACAUUAACAUAUCUGUAAGUUAAUGCAUUUUAU